GAAGAGAAGCAGCAAGUCUGAAGAAUCUGUGUCUGUUCAGAAUGUCACAGCAAAUGAAAGGAGGCAUCACAGAGUUACUUUACCAGAGAUGCUUUGCCAAGCCGAAUAUUAUUUUUACAUUAGUUUUCCUCACUGGCUUUCUGUUUAAUUAUUGUUUUUUUCCCCCAGUUUCCCAGCUGUCAGUCCUAACAUGUCCCGUCAGCGGCAGGACACAGGAUUCAGAUUUCCAGAAAGCGCGGGAGAUUCCAGGCGGAAGAGGCUCGAGUCUGAGCAGCUGCAGAGUUUCCGGUGCUUUGUGAAUAUUGGAAGAAGAAGAAAAGAAGAAAAUGCCUUGCGAGAGGAAGCCGAUGCGCUACGGGCACUCGGAGGGUCACACCGAGGUCUGUUUCGACGAGCGGGGCAGGUUCAUCGUCACCUGUGGAAACGAUGGAGACGUUCGGAUAUGGGAGGGUCUGGACGACGACGACCCCAAGUUCAUCACCGUCGGGGAAAAGGCGUAUUCUCUGGCUCUCAAGAACGGCAAGCUGGUGACGGCGGGCUCCAACAACACGGUGCAGAUCCACACGUUUCCCGACGGCGAGCCCGACGGCAUCCUGACCCGGUUCACCACCAACGCCACGCACGUCACCUUCAACAGCAGCGGCUCGAGAGUCGCAGCCGGAUCCAGUGACUUCAUGGUGAAGGUGGUGGAGGUGUCGGACAGCAGCCAGCAGAAGACGCUCCGCGGCCACGAAGCGCCCGUCCUCAGCGUCACCUUUGACCCCAAAGAUGACUUCCUGGCGUCUUCCAGCUGCGACGGCUCCGUGGUGGUGUGGAACAUCGAGGAGCAGACGCAGGUGAUCAGUUGGCCUCUGCUGCAGAAGACCAACGACGUCACCAACGCAAAGUCUCUGUGUCGCCUGGCGUGGCAGCCCCGGGCGGGGAAGUUUCUGGCGGUUCCCGUCGACACGAAGGUCCACCUGUACGAGCGCGGCUCCUGGGAUCACGUGAGCACUCUGUCGGACGAUCUGCUCACACAGCCCAUCAACGUGGUGACCUGGUCCCCGUGUGGUCGGUUCCUGGCGGCGGGCAGCGUCGGAGGUUCGCUCACCGUGUGGGACGCGAACAGCAAACUGUGUGUCGAGAGGCAGAAGCACGAGAAAGGCUUCACCGUGUGCGGUUUGGCCUGGCACCCGUCGGGCGGUCAGAUCGCCUACACCGACACCGAGGGCUGCCUGUGUCUGCUGGACGGACUCAGCACGUCCGCGUCCGACGGCGACGCCCCCAAGGCUCCGGCAAAAAAGCCAGCGAAAGACUACGACGCCCUGUUUGACGACGACGACGACGACGACGACAGACUCGUGGACGAGGGGCUCAGCGGCGCCAACUCGCCGGUCAAGAAACGUGAGGACGAGGACGAGGACGACUUCCUCAUGCCGGCGACGGGGCGCGUGCGGAACAGAGGGGCGUUCCUGGACGACGAGAACUCGCUGGACACCGGAUCCCUGAAGCUCGGUCGGGACAAAUUCGGGGACGACGACGACGACGACAACGACACGGGCAGCGCCAUCGUGCCACCGUCUGCCGCCCCCCCGGUGCCCCUGCGUCCCGUCUACGAGGGUCCGCUGCCCACGCACCCACAGAAGGCCUUUCAGUCGGGCUCCACCCCCGCUCACCUCACACACCGCUUGAUGAUGUGGAACUCCGUGGGAAUCGUGCGCGGCUAUAACGACGAGCAGGACAACGCCGUCGACGUGGAGUUCCACGACACGGCCGUGCACCACGCCAUGCACCUCACCAACUCGCUGGGUCACACCGUGGCCGACCUUUCCCAGGAGGCCGUGCUGCUCGCUUGCCCCGGCACCGACGAGCUCGCCAGUAAGCUGCAGUGCCUCCACUUCUCCUCGUGGGACACCAACAAGGAGUGGAUGGUGGACCUGCCGAGCGGCGAGGACGUGCGGGCGCUGUGUCUGGGUCGGGGCUGGGCGGCGGUCGCCACCAGCGUGCAGAUGCUACGACUCUUCUCCAUCGGCGGCGUCCAGAGGGAAGUGUUCAGCCUGCCGGGGGCCGCGGUCUGCAUGGCGGCGCACGGGGAGCAGCUGAUGAUCGUCUACCACCGAGCCACGGGUUUCGACGGGGAACAGGCUCUGGGCGUCCAGCUGCUGCAGCUCGGUCGCAGAAAGAGGCAGAUCAUCAACGGCGAGCCGCUCCCGCUCUCCCUCCGCUCCCACCUGACCUGGCUCGGAUUCACCGCCGAGGGAACCCCUUGCUACGUGGACUCGGACGGCGUGGUGCGGAUGCUGAACCGCUCCCUGGGGAACACGUGGACUCCGGUGUGUCACACCAGAGAGACGUGCAAGAGCAAGUCGGACCACUACUGGGUGGUCGGCGUGCACGAGAACCCGCAGCAGCUCAGGUGUAUUCCCUGUAAGGGCUCCAGGUAUCCGCCCACCCUGCCCAGACCGGCCGUGGCCAUCCUGCCCUUCAAGCUGCCGCUGUGUCAGACGUCCACAGAGAAAGGACAGAUGGAGGAGCAGUUCCUGCGUUCGGUCCUCUUCCACCACCACUACGGCUUCCUGUCGUCCAGCGGCUACGAGGUCGACGAGGACGGACAGACCCGAUCCCAGAAGGAGCAGCAGGAGCUGCUCAUGAAGAUGUUUGCCUUGUCCUGUAAGCUGGAGCGGGAGUUUCGCGCCGUGGAGCUGGCGGAGCUGAUGACUCACAACGUGGUGCCGCUGGCCAUCCGGUACGCGUCCCGGUCCAGGCGCAUGGCGCUCGCCCAGCGGCUCAGCGAGUUGGCUCUGGAGAAGUCCAACCAGGUCCAGGAAGAGGAGGAGCAGGACGAGGAGGAGCCAGAGUACUCCGGCAUCAGGCGGCCGUCUGGGUUCGGUCAGAGCGAGGUCACGGGACGACGUCACAGCAACAGACAACGUGAGGAGGAGGAGGAGGAGGAAGAGGAGGAGCGAGGAGAGGAAGAGGACGCACAGGAGAUGGAGACGGAGGAGACGACGGAAACCAGAAAACGUGUGAACCCGUUUGCUAAAGAAGCAGGUUCACCCGUGAUGCCGUCUCUGACCCCACUUGGGAAGGUAGGACGAGCGAAUCCUUUCAAGCUCGCUGGAUCUACGAAGCCGUCGGCUCCGUCCGGUCAACCUCGAGUGACCAACAUCCUGGACAACAUGACGUCCAGCAGGAAGUCGGCUCCGCUCGCCGGAUCCGCGGGGAAAGCGAACAAGGCUCCCGUCCUCAAACCGCUGGCCCCCAGACCCAAGCCCAGGUCCAAGACUCAGUCCACUCUGCUCCACAUGACGGGCACUAAAGCAGCCAGUAAGAAAACUCCGGAGAGCACGGAGCCGCCGGCGGAUCAACAGAAACAACCGGAGGUCCCGCCUCCGGCCUCGCCGGCGGAGAACACGGAAAAUAAGAGGCCGAAGACGGGCUUCCAGCUGUGGCUGGAGGAGAACAGGAAGAACAUCGUGGCCGACCACCCGGACAUGGAGGAGACCGAUGUCAUCAAAGACGCCAUGGGACGAUUCAGGACGCUGUCGGCAGACGAGCGACUGUCGUGGACGGAGAGAGCAAAAGGCCAAAGUGGAGACGCAGCAGAUCUGAAGAAGAGGAAACGAGGAGGAGAAGGAGGAGAGGAUGUGGAAAAAGAAACUGGACCAACGGGAGCAGAUGAAAACAUUGCCAAGAAGAAGAAGUCUCUGGAUCCGUCCUCCAAGCUCUCGGCGUUCGCCUUUAACAAAAACUAAACAUUUUCAUUUUUUUAAGUUUGUUUUGCUCAGAUUUGUGUGUGAGAAUCACCGAGACGUGUCAAAGUUCUGACCUCAUCAGAACACGUGGCGGUGGAUCGGUGACAUUCACCGGCUGAUUCCAUCUACUGCUGGUUUAUUUUUUAUUAUUAUUAUUACUGUUGUUACUGUUCUCUAAACGUUUCCUUCACUUUUGAAUAAAUGUAAAUGUUUUUAUUAAA